AUGCCCUCCCACCUAAGCCGCCACAUUUGCCGGCGAAUACUUGCCAACGAGCCCAUUCUACACAGAGAUUGCCUGAGACGACAGGCACACGCAUACAGCACGACCAGACCAGCGACACACAAUCAUUUCGUGCCUCCGCUACGACACAAUGCCUCGCGCAACAUCGCUCGUCAGCAGCAUCGAAGCUUCCUCAAGUUGGGCAUGUUUGGCGCCAAAACGAGCACCGCGAAGGAAGCAGAUAUCGACCCCGGCAUAGAAGACAUGAUGCAGCUUGCAAAGCUGCAAAGAAUGCGAGCUCGACUUCCACCGCCACACGAUAUUAAAGACGCUUUAAGCGUCUUUUUCAAACACAAAGAGAAGCAGAAGACUCAAGCUAUGAGCGACACCCAGGCAGAACUGGUCCUGCGAGCCCUGCGCUUCUUGUCCGAAUCAUCUACAACUGGAACUGACGGCGGUCCGACUGGCCCCAAGUAUUUGGACCAGAAGUCUAUGGAACGCGUGGCCACAGUAUUAAGCAGGAGCGAGAGAACGCCGUCGUUGGCUCACUUGGACUUCGUGAAGUAUCUCAUUGCUACUCUCACCCCUCAACAGUCAACGCCCGUUUACCGUGCCAUCCAGUGCACGUAUGUCAGUAUGCUUGCGCAUUCGGGACGGGCCAUUGAAGCGAGGCAGGUGACGAUGGAUAUAGAGGGCAAUCGCUUCGGUCUCGAGGUUGAAGGGCCUGUUGCUUCGGAUAGCGGAAAACGUGAUCGGGCCACGACAAACGAGAUGAGUGAAGGCCCAAUCCAACGCAUGUGGAUCCAAGUCUUGAUCGGAUUCGUGAUUGAAAAUGACGAGCCCCGGGCACACGAGACACUUCGCAUGGUGCGAGAGCGUUCUUGGUUCAACCAGCAAGAAGUCCCGAUUGCCUCAGUCAUGCUGCGCCUUUCGAUACAUCGAAAUCGGCUAGUCGAUAUUAAAUCGUGGUUUGCAGAGCUCUGGCGCAGCUUCCAGUCGAAAAGCCUCGACCGCAGUACGGCCGAAUCCGUGGGCAUAGAUCUACAUCGCGUGCUUCAAUGGUGUCUGGAGCAUAAAGAAUUUGAGUUCGGGCACCAAGCUGUGCGACAAGCGACGACUGGCAUUCCCCCGAAAAGUGUCUGGGAUGCUAUCUUCGUCUGGGCUGCUGGGACUGGAAAAGGGGCAGACGAGAUUGGUCGCAUGUUUGGUGUCAUGGAAAAGAUGAAUGGGGAAAUCUCUGACCCGGAGCAGUGGAGAGUGCCUGAUAUUUUCACAAUCAACAAGCUAGUCGAAUACGCCACCUCUAAGUCCGAUCCAUAUCUGGCCGAACGCUUCAUUGGUUUGGGCCAAUCGAAAGGAAUAGAGCCUGACGCGUACACGUAUCAACUUCAAAUGGAAUAUCGACUGAAGAUCAAUGAUGUGGACGGCGCCCUGAUCGCCUACAAGAAUCUUCAAUCAAUGGACACCUCUUCCGAUCAAGACCUGCCUACGGUCAAUAGACUCAUCGUGGCGUUAUGCAGAGGAAAGCGGCACAGCUUUGACACCAUCAUGAAUGUUGCCAUGGACCUGUCAGACAGACGAGCACGGUUCGAGGCAGAAACUGUCUCGACCCUAGCUCUAUUGCAUCUCAACCGCGACGAAAUACACGAUGUUGUGGACCUGCUCAAUACCCAUGCGUACCACUAUUCUGCAGCUGAUCGAGACAGAGUCAGAGAUGCCAUCCUUGCUUUCUGUUUGGACUCAAACACGCCGACCUCACGCUCGUGGGAUGCUUAUUCGGUGAUAUGUAAGAUUUUCGAAGAUACGCCCCGAGAGCCACGCACAGACAUUAUGAAGAACUUCUUUGACCGAGAGCGACCGGACAUGGCAGUCAAUGUCUUCCAAGAGAUGCGGAAACACACUCGCGCUGAUACCAUGCCUACUGUGGACACUUACGUGGCCGCCUUCCUAGGAUCUGCAAAGCUCCGGGAUCUUGAGAGCCUGGAGGUCAUUCACAAUCAGCUCAAGCUGGACUUUAACAUCGACGUCAACACCUAUCUCACCAACGCACUUAUAAUUGCGUAUACUGCGUGUGGGCAGCCGCGAAAGGCGAUCAACUUCUGGAGCGAUAUUGUAUCCAGCAAAGAAGGACCGACGUUCAAUAGCAUUCACGUUGUGCUACGAGCCUGCGAGAAGGCUCCUUUCGGGGACCUGAAAGCGAAGGAAUUAUGGGAGAGAUUACGGAAGAUGAAUGUGGAUCUUGAUCAGAGUAUGUGGGCUUCAUACGCAGCAGCUUUAGCCGGCAAUGGCGACAACGAGCUUGCCUUUAAGACCAUCGAGGAAGCUGAGGCCAACAACGAGCUCGAGGUCGAUGGAUUUCUAGUGGGAAGUUUGUAUGAUGGCGGACAAAGCCAUUUGAAGCAAGCUGAGAUUGAGGAGUGGGCGAAGGAUAAAUAUCCUGCUGUCUGGGAACAACUGGAGAAGAUCGGCUACGAAGUCGACGCGGAAAGUGGUCGGAAGAGGUUCAAAAUCGACCGGACUGUGACGCCCUGA